GCAGACCAGAAACACGUAUAGGAGGUCUCAUUUCCGUGUAAUUUAUCGAGACGCAAACUUCUCACUCUCCUGCUGUCGCUUCUGAUAUUAAACUGAGGCAUCCGGAAUCCUUUUAGUCACUUAAAAAUCUCUUGAAUCUGUAUUAAAACUCUUUUGAACAGAGAGGUUCCAAAGUUUCAAGAGUAAAAAAAGAAGAUUGUUGCAGAUCACCCUCAUGAAACGGUUCCCUGUUCUUUAAAGAAGUGAGCUAUCUUGAGUAGCAGAUACGAUCUUUGGCUGCAGGUCGCAGCAGCAGCAGCAGCAGCAGCAGCAGCAGGGAAGCAGCAGGUUGCUUAACGGGAAUCAAACCGACAACUGUGGCAGACAGAGGGACAUCCUAAAAGGGAUAUUUCAGACCCAAAGUUUCCUGUGGAUUAUUUUUGCUGCCCUACAGCUUCCGGUGAGUUUAAAGUUCAAAUUCGUUCUCCUGUUAUUAAUUGAAAUAAGGUUUAAGAGGAUAAAUUCGGUUCACCUCGGUUAACAUUGUCAACGUACAGAAGUAGGUCAGGUUUCCUGCAGUUGAUUCACCAACACUUUAGGGUGAAUAUUACCUCAUUGGUUUUUUCAUGUUACGGUAAUUUUCUAUCUUUUUGGGAACUUGUACUUUUUACGAAGUUUGAAAACUAGUAGUUUUGCUUACUAAUCACUUUUAACCUUCACAUUUUACACAGCAUCAGUUUUGGCUUUCAUACAGGGGAGAGUGGGGUAAGUUGAGCCACCCCCUGUUGCUUGGAAAUGGUAAAAGAAAUUGAUCAUGUGACCAAAUAUUUAGGAGAUGGGCAUCAAUUCAUGGAGUCUGUGAAGGUUAGAGGCACAUGGGUGAAGGGGUUAGACAUUUAUUUAAAAAAAAAAUAAUUAUUCACUCUUGAAAGUGAAUUUAGUCCGUCAUAAGUUUUCUUAGAAUUGUGUUCAGACCAAAAAAGAUCAUUUUCAAUUUGUUUUAUACGUCAAUUGUGGUAUCUAAGACUACUUUAUCUAAUUAAAUCUACAGUCUGCUGCUGGUGUUGAUCAGUAACCACUUAUGACAUGCUGAGGACUAAAAUCAGAUAUGUUUCUCUGCAGCAGCAAUGAAGGAGCAGAAAUUUGAAGAGGAGGUGAGGAAGAUCAUGGAGGAGGCACCAAAUGCCCGAAAAGCUCUGCUGGACAACUAUGACAACCUGCUAAGUGUGGCUGACUACUGCUACAACAACUACACACAGGUUAGUAAAUAUACUAUUAGUAAUUCUUAAACCUGAUGAAAGGUACCUACAUGUUACAUAGUUACUCCAACUACUACCUUUAUACUGCAAAGUGCUAACACUAUUAGCAUUACUGGGUAAACGGUCAAAAUGGUUUGCUGAGUGUGGCAACCCUUAGCAGAGCUCGCACCACCGGCCUAACUAAGUUAACAUCCACAUGCCUGUGCCGGUUGUGGUUGGAAGAUGUGUGGAGUUAAAGGAUAUUCUGGCGUAAAAUUAAUGAAGGGUCAAACACACCGUAACACCAAGUUAGACACCCUGCCAGGAGACGACUGUUGCCGAACACUUGCUUCUCUAGUUAUACCAACUUUAGUAACAACCGCACAAUAGCAAUACAGAGAGCCACGCACUCGACCAAAACGCCACUCUAUAGUCACAAAUAAUGCUCAGAACAGCACCUAACUUCAUCAACAGUACAUACAAGGUCCCAGCCAUAGUACUAUCCACCAAACAUCUUUUUAGCUUUGCCUGAUUUCUUUAGCAAAGAGACUGAAUACAACUCACCCUCUCUCUUCCAGCAGCUGCUUGGAGACCUCCAGGCGAGUCCAUCGACUGCAGUGGGGUGACGCAGCUCAAGGAAGAACAUUUAUGAUCAUUUCUUCACGGAAAUGCAAUCAGACAUAGACGCUAAGGUAGAAGAACUACCGCGUCUGCAGUGCAAAAUGAUAAAUACGGUGAUUAUUACUUCAAGGAAAUGGUAAAGUAAAGAUCAUAAAUGUUCUACCUUGAGCUGCGUCACCCCGCUGUAGUCUGUAAUGGACUGGUCAAGGUCUUGCUACAAACAAGCGGCUGCUGGAAGAGAGAGGGUGAGUUGUGUUUAGUCUCUUUGCUAAAGAAAUUAGGCAAAGUUAAAAAGAUGUUUGGUGGCUAGUGCUGUGGCUGAGACCCUAUAUGUACUGUUGAUGAAGUUAGGAGCUGUUCUGAGCAUUAUUUGUGACUAUAGCGUGGCCUUUUGGUCGAGCACAUGGCUCUCUGUACUGCUCUGUGUGGUCAUUACUAAAGUUGGUAAAACUAGAGAAGCAAGCGGUCGGCAACAUUCAACUCUCAAUGGGGUGUCUAACUCGGUGUUAUGGUGUGUUUGACCCUAACUUAAUUUUAUGCCGGAAUAUCCCUUUGUCCAGGCACGAUGUACACACACUUUAUCUCUAUUUUCAUUAUCUAAAUGCCAACAAACCAAACCAACCCAUGAAACAACAUCUUUUUAUGGUCAAGUCGUCUGAUCCAAUUUAUGAUGUUAGUGCAUGGUGAAGAUAAUAUUUUUGUCAUUUUUCAGUCUCUUGCCAGGCUAACAGUUAAUGGGCUAAGAUGGCCUAAAUUAAGCUAAGAAAUGCAAAGCUAGGCUAGACUAACCCCUUCUGUCCCCAUGUCUUAGUCGGGUGACGGCAGCAGUAAGGCGUUGGAAGAAACAAAGAACUUCACCACCCAAUCACUGGCCAGUGUCGCCUAUCAGAUCAGCACUCUGGCCAACAGCGUCCUGAGUCUGCUUGAGGCUCAGACCAAUCAGCUAUGUCACAUGGAGUCUUCCAUCAACCUCAUUGGUCAGGUAAGCCCCGCCCACAACUAAGAAAACAACAACAACAACAACAACAACAAAACAAACCAUCCAUGGCCACAACAACAACAUUAGCUGAUCAGACACUCUGGAGCGGAUGAGAGAGUGUUACUUAAUGACAACACACAGCAGGGCAUGUGACCUCUGUGUUACCAUGACAACAAGCAUAGGAAGAAUGCCCACCAGGAAUUUGAUAAGUGGUUUUUUUUUGUUUUUAAUGGAGCCAUCAGGGCCUCACUGAGGUGAAGUUUUUAUGUUUGUUUGUUUCUCUGGGCAGAAAAAAAAACAGAUCCAGGUCAUCAGUGUGUGUGUGUGUGUGUGUGUGUGUGAUAAUAGCCUCCUCUCCAUUGAGGUCUGGCUGAAUAAAUGAAUGACUGGAGCUUCUGUUCUCCGUCUGCUUUGUGUUCGCUGUCCGUCAUCAACAACUGAGUUUCAGUGAUUUAAAGUGUCCUUUUCAAAGUUCAAACGUUUUUAUAGUCAUCUCUUAAAAAACCCAGCUUCCUUUUUUUCAGUUUUUGAGGAACCCUUAUCCAACAGUUUCCAUCAUUUCCAGUCUUUUAACAAGGCCCGUGCAUAUUCUUUGCUGAUGCUCUGCCUGCCUCGUGUUUUUCAGACGGUCGAGAUGCACAAAGAGAAAGUUGCUCGGAGAGAAAUCGGUGUUUUCACAGCCGUUAGACGAGUCCCACGCACCCAUAAGAUCCUGCCUCCCCCCCAACCUCCUGCUGGCACACAGCCCCGCCCACCAUACAGCCGUCGACCAAUCAACUACCAGCAGCUGGACAGCCUGGGACACGGAGUGAAGGUAUCUGAUACACAUAAUCAUAGUUGUGUGUUUUGCAGAAGUAAUUUCAGUGAAACACUCUUCAAAUUUAUCCGUCUUUCUUCUUCUUUUUCUAAAUUUAAACUUUGAAACCUGAUAGUGGUUACUUUCACCAAAAAAAAAAGGUUAUCUGUAGUUCUGUUAUUAACCUUAAAUCUGGUGGUGUGAGAGAGAAAACACAGAGCAGAGUUUGGAGAAGCCCCCCCCCCCCCCCCUCCCCAAAAGAAAAUAAGAAUAGAAGUAAACCAAGAGACCUCAGAAAACAAAAGCAGAACUGAAGUUUUGUCUGAGUCUGAGCUGCUAACAGGAAGUGUUGGCGGCUGCAGCUAACCGCAGAAACAGAAGUGAUGCUGCUGAUCCUCACUUAGAGUUUGUUUCCGAGACUUUCUAGCGCUGAGUCUAUUUAAACUUGAGUGUUUAAGACCUGCAGCUCCACCGCUGCAAACUGUGCAGUACUGCAAACAAUUACAAACUGCAGUAAACAAUACAAGCUGUACUGUGCUCCAGACUUCUUCAGGAACCUAAGCUGCUUCAAAGCAGGGCACACACCAAUGAAAACAGCAUGUUACUUCAGACUGCUCAAAAUUAUUAGAAAUUACUACAAACUAAAUAAAAUAUAUCAAGUACUUCAAAUUGAAAAAAUAGCCACCACAAACUACUAUAAACUACAGCAUAUGACCACAUGACUGCAAAUUUAACUAUCUCAAUUCUUCUAAGAACAACAGCUGACAAUCCUAGUGUCAAACAAGUCACUCCAAUAUGACAAUCUACUGACUCCAGAAAUAUGCAAAGUACUGCGGACCUCAAAAACUUCAGCAGCGUUGUAUACCUUCAAAAACAAUAAACUACUGCAGAAUCAAACAAACUACUCCCGAAUACAAAAAUCUACAGUUAAACAAAAAAAAAAUUUGAAACUAUUGCAAACUUUUACAGAAUUAAAAGUUCUUCAAACUUCUAUAAACCACAGCGUUAAAAAAAAAAAAACAUUAGACACCACUACAAAGUAUUUCAGAUUAAGACCAUUUUCUCCAAACAACUACUCACUGUUAAAAAAUAGACAAGAGUACAUUUAACCACUUCAAACUACAGCAGAAUCAAAAAACUCCUUUGUACUUUUACAAUCUACUGCAAACCCCUGAAGAACUACUGCAAAGUCAAAUUAACUGACAAAAAAUUUAGAUAACUGCAAGUUCUGACAAACUUUUCGGAGAAGUCCCACAAGACACUGCAGGAAUAAACAAAGUCCUGAAAAACUACAAAACCCUUCUGCAACAUCAGACAAAUUAUUUCACACUACAACAGAUCAACUCCAAAGUGUUACAAACUACUACAGAGUCAAACAAAAUACUUCAAACUACAGAUUUUGAAAGGUAGACGCGAACCAUUCAUAGCCAUAUGCUUUACCAAACUACUGCAUAUAUUUUCAGUACUGCAAACUACAGACUACACUAAAGUACAUCAGAAACUCAGCUCUUCUGCAAGAGUAGGUCUGUACACUGAUAAUUUCUGCAGACGAGCUCAUGCAGAACACUGUUGAAACUGUUCACUGAUUAAUUUGAGCUGUGUCACUGUGAGUCUGUUGAUCUCUAAGUUGUCAGAUACAUAAGUGAAGUAUAAACUAUGAACUACUACCGAACAGAGAAUGAGACCUUUUUGUGUUUCACAAGUUCGGGGAGGUAAAUGACAAUGGCUUAUACAUGUUUUUAACUUGAAGUUCAAACAGCAAUAGUUUGACUACAAAGAUCUUCUAUUGUCAAUUGAGGAUCACACUCUGUCCUAAAAUCUGAAAACCAACCACUCCUGUGUACCACACUCUUUUUACGAAGAACUUAAAAAAUGUGAAACUGUCCUUUAAUUUACAUUUUAUUCUGUUUUGCCGCUGCUGGUGCUUCAAUGAGGAAGUACUUUAUAAAAGGUUUUCACACUCACACCCUCGCAUACACACUCAGAAACACACGGACAGGCUGUCUUUGUUGAGCGUGGGAAAAUGUUUAGAGAGCCUAAUUAGAGCUGCUGAGGCCUGAGAGGCUCUAUUGAUGCUCACACACUCAUGUCUCUGCCCCCCUUCAGGUCUCUGGGAAACAGUCGGACCGAACAGGAACCAUCCGGAAACACGGAGCCUCCACCAGGUUCUGUUUUAUUCCACCCUGUCUCUGUCAGUGACCACUUCCUUUUUCACAUCAUACAUCUUUAUCAGGAAGUUUGACUGAGUGUGUGUGUGUGUGUGUGUGUGUGUGUAUUUCAGGUCAAAUAAAUCCUUGGAGCCCGUUCAGUGCCCUGUGGCGCCCCCAGCCAGCGGGUAAUUAUCCUCAGUGUUUGUUUGUAGAUGUGGUUUCAGAUCCUAAGUCUAGUUUCAUUUCUUCGCUGUGCAGGUUCACAUUGGGUCACCAACUUUCGCACUACAAUGCUUGUUCUGUUGAUGAUUGUCCCAUUUUGAGUCAAAUGGAUCCGUUCAGUCUGGGCAACCUAGUUUAGUGGUUUACAUUCUGGAUGGGUCACGAAUAGCUGGUUAAAAAAAUUAUAUAUUUAAUGCGAUAUUUAUUAGAUAUUUGAUAUUUUCUGUAUAUGCAACUUCAGUAGUUGUCCUCCUCAUGUCGUCCCCUUCAUGUGCUCUGAAAUGCACUUUACUCAAUAAAACCAGUGGAUUUAUGUUAAAGAUGAGAGUCUUUUAAGUUUUUUUUUUUAUAUAUAUAAAAAAAUAAAUUUGCUUGGUUUGAAUUCUUUAAAAGUGAGUCACGACUUAAGGGCCAAGGGAAAAUGUGGGUCCCAGAGUGAGACUCGUUGAGAACCAAUGUUUUAGAUGAUAUCAAUUGAAUAACAUUAUAUAUAUAUUUUAAUGUUGAUGUCCUACUCAGCUCCAGCUUUGGGAAACCCGUUGCUCCACCCACCAUACCCCCCGCCAACCAAAUUCAACCCGAGUGUGACAUCAUCACAGCCUUACUGGAAGAUGCCCCUCCUCCUCCGCCGUCUCCUCCGACAUCCAAUGGGGUGCCAUCUUUGGAAGAUGAGGUCACCAACACUUCUGUCCCACCUCCUCCACCACCUCCACCUGAUUCUUCAGGUGCACUGUCAGCUCCACCUCCUCCCCCUCCACCACCUGAACCAAUCAGUGCAAUGGCUGCGCCAGUAGCCCCGCCCCCUCCACCAACUCAAUUAACAGGAGCGAUGGUGGCACCAGUUGCUCCACCUCCUCCUCCGACACCUGAGAAUCUGGCCGGACUCAACUCCAUGCCCCUGCCUCCGCCCCUUUCCCCCCUGCUAGGUCUUGAGACAGGUGAGGUUAAGCACUAUGUAGUACACGGCACUUAAAGGGAUACUCCGGGGUAAAAUUUAUUUAGGGUCAAACACACCGUAACACAGAGUUAGACACCCCCUUGAGAGAUGAAUGUUGUCGACCGAUUGCUUCUCUAGUUAUACCAACUUUAGUAACAACCGCAGGACAGCAAUACACAGUCUCGGGAGCCAUCAACAAACAUCAACCAAAACGCCACUCUAUGGCCACAAAUAAUGCUCAGAACAGCACCUAACUUCAUCAACAGUACAUAUAGGGUCCCAACCAUAGUACUACUAUAUGCACACUCUCCCCAAACAGAUUUGUAACAGUCCCAUUUACUUUUGAUAUCAGACUGACAUAACUCCCCCUCUGUUUCCUCAGUGUUGGAGGAGAGCAGCCUCCCACCUCCAUCUCCUCUCCCUCCCCCACCUGAUGAUGAAAGCUUUGCCUUGCCACCCAUUGAUGGUUCUGACCUGCCAGCCCCGCCUCCUCCACCUCCACCAAGCAUGGAAGUAGACGGUACCUGUCAUCACAUUAUCGCCUGAUCAAACUCUCAGCCAAGGAGAAAUCAAAGUGUUUUAUUUGCUAGUUUGUGGAUGCUAAACUUGAGUCUUAACUUAAGUCUUAAACUUAACUCUCACAGCAAAUGUUCUCAAAAAGUGAGACUUUUGAGGGAUAGAGGUACCACUUUGUCCACAGGGGGCACCAAAAUCAACACAAACCAGAAAGUUCUUCACAGGAGCAAUAAAUGCCUCCAAGAAGCUACAGCCAAACAAAAAAAGAUAAAAAACCUGGUAAAGGUUUUUGAUGUUUUUUGAUUAUGAGAGUUUGCACAGUCUGUAUUUUAUUAAAAUAAAACAUAAAAUGAUUGUUCAAAUCAUAUGUAGAAAAAGUUACAAUGGAAACCAAACUCAGCUCUAAAAUGAUGUAAGUCUGUAGUUCUGUUUUUCCAGCUGUUUUCUGUUUUUUUUUUUUUCUUUUGUUCUUUACUGGUAUAAUUUCUGAUUUUUCAGCUUGUUCUUCUUCUAUGGUGUUUCUUUCUCAAUUUCUUCUCCCGUGGUGCUCUGCUUCAGUGACCCUCCCUACCAGGAGGAGUCGCCGCCGGCGCUCGCCCCCCACCACCCGCUCUCUUUCUAUGAGGGUCCGCUCUGGCCCCGCCUCCCGCUGCCGCUACACACGCUCUCUUUUUCUGCCUGCUGUCCAGUCACGUAAGCUGAUGAAGACCGAAAGAAACUCAACACAGCUGAAACAAAACUCUGGACAUAAUGAGAGUAAUGUGAGGUUGUACAACUGUUAGGGAUUCUAGGAAAUCAAGGUGUCCUUAAAAGGUUUUUGGAAGUCCUUGGGUGUGAGAUGAGUGAGUGAGUGAGUGAGUGAGAUGAUGGUCUCACCUGUUCGCAUGCAGUUUUUGCAUCUUAUAUGGUUUUGGGAAAUCCUUGUAGGGGUUAGUGGGCAUUUAAGGCCCCAUUCAAGUAUUUUGGACUUCCUAAAGAAGGUUGCAGAAACCCUGGAGAAAUAUUCCAGGAAAGGUCCAGGCUUUUCAUAGAUCAGAUCAUGUUUCUGAGAUUGUCUAUGCAGACAGAUGCUCUCUUUAGUUCCUUCACCACUCUGCUGCUGCUGCCUCUGUGUUAUCACUGACUCGACUCUCUUUCUGUCUGCCUGCCAGUGAUGAUCCCCCCUCCUCCCCCAUACCCUCCCCCUCAUGCUCCUCCUCACCCUUCCUCCUCUUCCUCAUCUUCCACCUCCUCCUCACCUCGGCUUUGCUUACCUGCUCGUCUUGAACACCUGGGUAAGGAAACACAGACUGUUGUAGUGUAGUUGGUAUCGCUGAAAUUAGCAGCCAGUAUAAAUGUAGUAAUUCUCUUUAUAUAAUGAUCAGAUAGAAAUAGAGCAGUAGUAACACACUUUAAAGGGAUAUUCCGGUGUAAAAUUAAGUUAGGGUCAAACACACCGUAACACCGAGUUAGACACCUCCUUGAGAGAUGAAUGUUGCCGACUGCUUGCUUCUCUAGUUUUACCAACUUUAGUAGCUGAAUCAAGUUAGUUCUGAAAGUUAUCAUCGAUGUUACAUCUCCUCAAACCUGAUUGGCCCACUACUGCCGUCACUCACAAGAUCUUGUCCCUAUUCUGCCAGAUCUAGAGCUUUCAGCCAUGCCCCCUCCUUUCCUAUCGGAUGAAAUGGGUGGCUUCGAUGAUAUCAUGCCACCUCUCCCUCCGCCGGUGGACUACGACACUGAAACACCCCCACAGUACCUGGAGAAAGGUAUUUAAACAACAACUAAUCACUGAUAGUACCUGAGCUAAAAAGUUUUUAACCUACUGUUGGUAUGUGAAAUCAUGGAGGCAGAUUUAAGAGACUGAAAUGUAAGCCAAUCAGUUCAAAUCAGUUUUUACGCACACUUUUCCUGUUACACAAAAGGGACAAAUUAAAUCAUUAAACUAAAUUUAACUUACAAUUCCCUUUUUGAGCAGCAGAGGGUGCUAUCUGACUUUAACUUGCCUUGUUGGACAUAAUUUUGGAGGAAACUGUUCUGUAUUGUGAAAUUGUUUCAGUUCAGAGCGCCAUCUGGUGGCCAUUUAUGGUCAGUCAGGCAGUAUCCAAACGACAGUUCUUUUGUUUAUCCAGUGAUGGCGCUGUACAGCUACGAGGCAGCUAAACCUGAGGACCUCACCCUGGCAGAGGGCGACAUCAUCUACCUGACCCAUCGCCAUGAUGACGGCUGGUGUGAGGGUGUCUCCAAUGGCAACAAAGGCUUCUUUCCUUCAAACUACGUCCAAUCAUGUGACUAGGCUGAACUGUGCUGCAGUAUAUCAAAUCAAAGAAAAUAAAUUAGCUGAUAAGAAAUGGCUGGUAACACAGCAAUAACUUAAAUGAAUAAAAAUAGAUGAAUAUAUUCAAUUUUAACAUGUGCGUACAAAAUGAGGUGACAUAGAGUCAAAAAAACUUGUGCACAAUUCUGUUUUAUCAUUUUAAAACUGUCUACAAAAAGUAGCUGUAACAUUUCUGUGAUUAAUGAAACAAGAAAUAAUUAUUUGUUUCUGAUUAAUUUAUUAACAAUUUUGUUUUAAAUGAAGCAAAUUUGCACAUAUAAAAGCUGCAAACAUGACACACAGAGAUAUUUAAAUACAAUGAUAUUCAAAUACAAUUUUUUUCAUUUUGAAUUUAAGUUUUUUUUUUAUGCCGCAAAUAAUUUAAAGUUGGUUCAUGAACAGAAAUACACUUUUUAAUUUAAAGAGCAGAAAAAACCCUCAAAUAACCAUUUUACAGACAGCACUUUUAUACUUUUAUACUUAUAAUCCAGCAGAAGUACCUUCAUAAACCCUAAAGAAUAUAUGAAGCUUUUUUUGUCAUGUAUUAUAUCAGAAGGUAAAAGUAACAGCAGCGUUCUUUGAAUUCUGGGUCUAAUAAUAGCCCGACUUUGAGUUUCAGAUGGCAGCACAGUGUGAGGUUGUUAACAAUCAUAUUAUCCAUUAACACAGACUGAAAAACAUGUUGAGAAACUGUCAAAGGGAACCAUAUUUUGCAGAAAUAUGACUGCAGCAGCUAUUUGAGGUUUCCUUUUGUACACUUUGGAUUGAAAACGUUUCAAGAAAAACUAAAGAAGUUAAAGUGUUUGAAUGUUACGAAAAAUAAUUGAUUUAUUUUGACUGGAUCAGGUUUCGGGAGUUAGAAUUUGUUAUAAAAACCUAAAACCUAAACGGCGCUGUAGUUAGUUUUAGCAUUAAGAUAUACCACAUAACAAAUCAUACAUCAUAUGUUUACUGCAACAUUGCUAUAAGCUGUUAUGCAUCUUCAUAACCACUCAUCAGGAUUGCUAUAAACUCUUGAAUACAUUUAUCAUUUCUUAAUAAAUGUGAUGAUGACUCGUAGGUGGUGGGUUCAGAUGAAGUACCACAAAGGUUUCUCAGAUACGGUUGUGGAUUGUUUGUUGGUGCUGCCCUCUGCAGGCCACAACCCCAAACUACCGAGUAAGUGCCCGCAUUCUGUUCACUCAGUCUCACUUAUUAAGGCCACUUCUUACCAAACAGUAUUCAACUUUUUUAAGAGUCUGUCUUACAGCUGCAUUAUGAUAAUCAAUGUAUGUUUAUACACCUAAAUACACCAUCUCUAAAUUAAAGUUUGUUCAGUUUGUUUAUUUUUGUCUCCAGUUUUAACUUAGAUAACAAACAAUAGCUUUCAACAAUGGAGAUAGAACAACAACCUGAGCCUGUCAGUGGAGAAAUAAAUCACUUGAAGUGCA